CAGGCCCGGGCGGCGGCGGCAGCAGCGGCAGCAGGGACCCGCGGCCUCGCGCCAUGUCGGACAUGGAGCAGCAGCCGCUGAGCCUGGAGCUGCUGCCCACGGACCCGUUGUUGCUCGUCCUCAGCUUCCUGGACUACCGCGACCUCGUGAGCUGCUGCUAUUUAAGUCGAAGAUUAAACCAGCUAUCCAGCCAUGAUCCAUUAUGGAAAAGACAUUGCAAGAAAUACUGGCUUAUAUCUGAGGACGAGAGAACUCGGCGAAAUCAGACCUGGAAGGCUAUCUUCAAAAGUUUCUACAUUGACUUAGGAAGAUAUAUUCAGUAUUAUGCUAUGCUGAAAAAAGCCUGGGAUGAUCUAGAGAGAUACCUAGGGCAGCGGUGUCCACGGAUGAUUGGUUCUUUGAAAGAUAGUGUGCAAGAGGAAGACCUAAAUGCUGUGGAAGCACAAAUAGGUUGCAAACUCCCUGAUGAUUAUCGAUGUUCAUUUCGUAUUCAUAAUGGACAAAAGCUAGUUGUUCCUGGGUUGAUGGGAAGUAUGGCACUGUCCAAUCACUAUCGUUCUGAGGAUUUGUUGGAUAUCGACACAGCAGCUGGGGGUUUUCAGCAGCGGCUAGGUCUGAAACAAUGCCUUCCUCUAACCUUUUGCAUUCACACUGGCCUGAGUCAAUAUAUGGCACUGGAGAGUGUGGAGGGUCGUAAUAGACAUGAGAUCUUCUACCAAUGUCCAGAUCAAAUGGCUCGUAAUCCAUCUGCCAUUGAUAUGUUCAUUACAGGUACUUCUUACUUGGAAUGGUUCACUUCUUACGUAAACAAAGUUGUAACAGGUGGCUAUCCUAUCAUCAGGGACCAGAUUUUCAGGUACGUUCACGAUAAGGAAUGUGUAGCUACAACAGGAGAUAUUACUGUUUCUGUUUCCACAUCUUUUCUACCUGAGCUCAGUUCCGUACAUCCACCUCAUUACUUCUUUACUUACAGAAUCAGAAUUGAAAUGUCCAAAGAUGCUCUUCCUGAAAAAGCUUGUCAGUUGGACAGUCGGUACUGGAGAAUAACAAAUGCCAAAGGUGAUGUGGAAGAAGUUCAGGGUCCUGGAGUAGUCGGAGAGUUUCCAAUAAUCAGCCCUGGUCAUGUAUAUGAAUAUACCAGCUGUACUACCUUCUCCACUACUUCAGGAUACAUGGAAGGCUACUAUACCUUCCACUGUCUCUACUAUAAGGACAAGUUUUUCAAUGUCACCAUUCCCAGGUUUCAUAUGGUAUGCCCAACAUUCAAGGUGUCUACAGCACGCUUGGAAACCAAUCAUAAUGAAUAUGCUAUGGAUGAAGACGAGGAUUCGACAGACACUGAUGACUAUGAAGACAGACGCAGAGCCUUGGAUAUGCCUGCCCCUUCUGUAUGUUGUCCUCGUCAUACCUGAUAAGACUUAACAAAAAACUCUUGGGCACAGAAGUUGAACUCUUUGGAAUUGCUACAUAAGAAAAGAUUGAAAUUUUGUAAAUAAGUGAAUUUUUCUGCUGCUGAGCAGGACAGCUAGCAUGAAUGUUGGUGCCAGUUCUGAUUUUCAUCUGAUGAAAAUAUAGGAAUCUUUUUGCGUUGGGAACUUUGGGGAACAGAAGAGGGCCUUGGGUAUUGUUCAUUUUUUUCCAAAGUACAAAGAGCUUGAUAGUUUGAGGUAAUCAUAUGGUACAUUUUAUCACUAUUGCCUAUUUAUGACCAUAUUACAAAUGUGGUGUGGGGAGACUUGUUUUUAUACAAGCAUUUACAACUCAGCAGCAAUAGAUAACAAAUAAUUGCAAAAAAAUGUAUAAAUGUCCUUUCACAAUGAGUUUCUACUGUUGAUAAUUUCUGCUAUGAAUGAAAUUUGCAGUUGGGCUUAGGUAACCCUAUUGGGUUGAAUCAGGUGCUCUUGUGCAUUUUAUAUUAACAUACAGAUACCAGGAAAUUCUGGUGACUGAGUGCAUAUACUUCUGCAAUGAAACUGACUUUAUUUUUCAGAUAACCUGUCUUUCAGUUUAAUUUUACACAUAAUAACUCUGAUUAGAUAAUACCCUUUGGAAUGUAGUAUAACUGCAUAAUCUGCUGUUUACUAACAAGCAGUUUAUCAAUUAUUACAUCAUAUACAUUUGUAAAUACAGUUUGGGCAUUUUCUUUUUACACUGUUUGCUGUCAACAUUUGUCACAAGUGACAAGUCCCAUAUCUAAGAAUCUGUAUUUUUCUGAAUCCUAUAUGGAUUUUUGUAAUUAUGCCUGAUUCAGAAUUGGGGCUUAACAAUACUAGAAGUUUUAUGUCUAUAAGCUUUAUAUUUGAAGGAGCAUUUUGUUUUAUUCUUUUAUUUUUGUUUUCAUUGCUGUUAAUAAAAUAAACCACUAUAGCCUCUGUUGCUUUAAA